AUGACAGCCAUGCAGAAGUGGAGGGUCCUGAAGGACCAUGUCACCACCCUCCUGGAGGAGGCCCAGGCAGACAGCAACCUGGAGAAUGCCGACCCGGAGCUGUGCAUCCGACUGCUGCAGGUCCCCACUGUGGAAAACUACUCCGGCCUGAAGCGACGGCUGGAGGGCAGCGACAGCGCCUGGAUGGCCCAGUUCCUGGAGCUAGGCGGCCUGGGCCUGCUCUUGGAGGCCCUGGACCGGUUGUCUAGGAGGGGCUGCACUCAUGUCUCUGACACCGCCCUGCAGUUGACCUGUGUUGGCUGCAUACGUGCGGUCAUGAACUCCUCCGCCGGCAUCCACUUCAUUGUGGACAACAAGGGCGGAUAUGUCCGCAAGCUGUCUCAAGCUCUGGACACUUCUAACACCGUGGUCAAGAAGCAAGUGUUUGACCUCCUGGCUGCCCUCUGCAUGGUCUCUGCAGACGGUCAUAGCCUUGCCUCGGAUGCCCUGGAGCACUACAAGAGUGUAAAGACCCAGCAGUACCGUUUCAGCGUCAUCAUGAACAAGCUUCAGGCCACAGACAAUGUGUCCUACAUGUUCACCCUCCUUAGUGUUGUCAAUGCCCUCAUCUUUGGCACUGAGGACCUCCGGAAGAGGGACAGACUGCGCAAGGAGUUCAUUGGGCUACAGUUACUGGAUAUACUUCCAAAAUUAAGAGACAAUGAACCGGAAAUUCUGGUCAUCCAAUGUGAGGAGGAGAAAAUGACUGAGGAUGAGGAAGAGCUCCAGAGGGCCUAUGGGGGCAUUGACAUGAGCAGCCACCAGGAGGUGUUCUCUGCCCUCUUCACAAAAGUCAGUAGCUCUCCUUCCUCUCUCCAGCUGCUGUCCAUCCUGCAGGCCCUAAUGCUGCUGGGUCCAGACCAGGCUGAGAUGUGGCAGGCGCUAGAGGUCCUCACCAACCGGGCCACACUGCUGGCCCAAGUAGCUGCAGUGGAAAGUGUUGAGAGUGUCAUAGAGCGGCUGGUUUCUUCCAAGGCGCGGUCCAGCAGCCAGCACUCUUCAGAUCCUGGGCUGAAGAGGACGAAUAGAGCCGCACGAACGGUCCCAACGGACAGUGAGCCUGGGGGAAUCCCAAGCUCUGCUUCUCAGCCAUGCCAGCCUUCCACUGUGGAAGCUCCUAUCUCAGUACCUCCUCCUCCUCCCCCUCCUCUUCCUCUUCAAUCAACCAUAAUGGGAGGACCACCCCUACCCCCACCAGUCCCACCCUUGCCAUCCACAGUGCAUGCUGUUCCCCCGCCCCCUCCACCCUUGCCUGGAUUGGAGCCACCACUCCCUCCUCCUAUGGCCAGGCCCUUUGGUGUCCCACCACCUCCUCCCCCACCCCCCAUGACAGGAGGAGUGGGCGGAGGACCCCUGCCACCACCGCCUCUCCCUGGCAUGCCUCCACCACCCCCUCCUCCACCAGGCAUUGGCAUAAUAAUGGCGAAGACCAGUCAAUCACUGGGGUGCUCCUAUGACCCUGCCCCCAAAGCAGACAACUGCCUCACACAUCGAAUGAAGAAGCUCAACUGGCAGAAACUCCCAUCCAGAGCUGUGGCCAACAGCCAGUCGAUGUGGACAUCGGUGCAGACAGACAGCCCCAUGGAGCGGGACUACUCCAGUAUCGAACAGCUCUUCUGUCUGCCCCAGGCGGAUCUCAAGAACAAGACCACAACGACUGCUCCAGCCAAGAAGGAACCCAAAGAGGUUGUUUUCGUUGAUGCCAAGAAAAACAUGAACUUAAACAUAUUCCUGAAGCAGUUCAAAUGUUCGAAUGAGGAAUUUGUGGCCAUGGUGGAGGCUGGGAACCGCUCCAAAUUUGAUGUGGAGGUGCUGAAACAGCUUCAGAAGCUUCUACCACAGAAACACGAGAUUGACAACCUGUUGUUAUUCCAGGGGGAGCGAGAAAAACUGGCUAAUGCUGACCAGGUCUAUCUUCUUCUCGACGCUGUACCAUGUUACUCUCUGAGGAUAGAGUGCAUGCUGCUGUCUGAGGAGACUGCCUGUGUGCUAGAAAUGCUGAGGCCCAAAGUGGACAUGGUGGCCCAGGCAUGCGACAGUGUGAGACAGAGCACUCGGCUGUCCAGUUUCUGUAAGCUGAUACUUGAUGUUGGAAACUUUCUCAAUUACGGAAGCCACAGAGGAAAUGCUGAGGGGUUCAGAAUCAGUACCCUGCUAAAGCUAACUGAAACCAAGACCAACAAAUCCUGUGGUACACUCCUACAUCACAUCCUGGAGGUAGAUAUUCGGUGUCCUGUGAACCAUGUCGACCUGCUGAACCUCCCUGAUGACAUUGAGAUUUGUGAAAAGGCAGCGGGAGUAGACCUAGCCUUCAUCCAAUCAGAGGCCAGCUCCCUCAGUCUACGCCUGAAGAACACAGAAAAUAAGGUGUCUUCAUCUGUGAAGGACGCCAAACAGCAGUAUUUGACUGCUAUUCAGGGGAAUCUGGAAGCCUGCAAGGACCUGGAUAAGCGCUUUGCGGAGAUUGAGAAAAAGAAGACUGACCUGGCACAGUAUCUGUGUGAGGAUGCAUCCACGCUCAAAUUAGAGGAGCUCUUUGGAACCAUCAAGACAUUUCGUGGACUCUUCCUCAAGGCCCUCAAGGAGAACAAGAGCCGCAGAGAACAGGCCAUAAGGAAGUGCAUGGCUGAAGAAGAAGCCAAGCGACACACAGAGGACGAUGGAGUGAUCAGACAAAGCACUGUGGCUGAAAUAGAAGCAAGAGCUUCAGACACUGGGGUCACCCAGCCCCCUGGGCACACAAGUACUGCUGAAGGUUUGGUCAAGGACGAGAGUCCGCCUCUUCGCCGGCCAGCCCAGACGUGA